CCAACUCGUGCGUAACGUAUCGCUCACCUGGCGAUAUUAUUGUCAUUUAUAGAAAUUAUUUUCUAAUUUUUUGUUUCAAUCAAGAAUAGAGACAUCCAUCAUUUUUUCCAAGCAGAACUGGGGUCGAAGCAGAAGGUGAACCACCGCAUUGUAGGCUAAUCAGUUUCCAUGUUGGCUAUAGGCGACUUUGCGUUUUGGGCAAUUACGCACGGGUUUCCCAGGAUCUCAGCAGAGGAGUGAGGCACAUUUGCCAACAUGCCUGUUAACUGGAAUAUAACUUUUCCACGGCGGUCCUAUGGAAUAUAGUCCGAUUUUACACAAUCUACAUGUUGUGCCAUCAUCCCACGUGAAAAACAAACUAUUUGUGUUCUGCAUAAUGUUGUCCCUUUGGGUGUAUAUGAUUUAUUGUUGUGUUGGCUUCUGCUCAACUAUGCCAAAUCUGACCGCGAAGAGACACGACAACGAUUCAGAAGUUGACAUCCAUGAGUCGUUUCUCGGGGCGUCCAGGGACUUACUGAAUAACGAGAACGAUUUGGACAGCAGAGGCGACGACUGGGACGAAAUGAGAGGCGAGGCGAAGGUGUUGGAUGAUAAUGCCAUGUCAGGUUUCCUUAAUGAGUCGGAGACUAAAAAGUUGCCCCAAGCAAUCAUCAUCGGGGUGAAGAAAGGAGGAACCCGGGCGCUGCUGGAGUUCCUGCGCCUGCAUCCAGACAUCCGAGCGGUGGGCGCAGAGCCGCACUUCUUCGACCGCAACUACGACAAGGGACUGGAGUGGUACAGGGAAUUGAUGCCCAAGUCAUCCGAUGGCCAGUUGACCAUGGAGAAGACCCCCAGCUACUACGUCACCAAGGAGGUCCCCGCAAGAAUCUACACCAUGUCGAAAGACACCAAGCUAAUUGUCGUGGUCCGGGAUCCGGUCACCCGGGCCAUCUCAGACUACACCCAGACUCGCUCCAAGAAGCCGGACAUCCCGUCCUUCGAGAGCCUGACGUUUAAGAACAUGUCAGCGGGUCUGAUUGACACCACAUGGAGUGCUGUUCAAAUUGGCAUGUAUGCAAAGCACCUUGAGCGCUGGCUGCAGCACUUCCCUACAGAGCAGCUGCUGUUUGUCAGCGGGGAGCGUCUGAUUAGCGACCCCGCAGGUGAGAUGGCUCGCGUCCAGGACUUUCUCGGGCUCAGGAAGGUGGUCACGGAGAAGCAUUUUCACUUUAACCCAGCAAAGGGCUUCCCCUGCCUAAAGAGACCUGAGUGGAACAGCAAGCCACACUGCCUGGGCAAAACCAAAGGCAGGACCCAUCCCAAUAUUGACCCAGAGGUGGUGCAGAAGUUACGGGACUUUUAUAAACCCUUUAAUCGCAAGUUUUACCAGAUGACUGGUCAUGACUUUGGCUGGGAUUGAGAGGAUAACGACAGACUCACGCUGGUCCCUUGUCUGUGUUUUCACUCUGGAGAUAUUGUUAUACAGUGUAUGUACAGUAUUUGGUGUAUGUGUAAAAAGUUCAGAAGUCUAUUUUAUGAUAAUUUAUUGUUAUGAUAUUAACUCACUAAGCUGCCUAACCAGGUUAAGUCAUGAUCCACACUUUAUGUUCCAGUUUUAGUUCUCAUAGAGUACAUGGACAUUUUUAUAAAAGCACAAUGUUUCUACGGGUAUUAUGAGCAGGGUCGGCAUCCUUUCUAUCCAUCAGGAUGUUUUGUUUUGGCUUUCUGUGGAUAACCACUUCUUAGUCUUUUACUUUUCCGGAUGCUUCUUUUGCUUCAUCUUAAAGCUGAAUGAGAUCCAACUUUACAAACAACUGGUAAUGUCCCCUUAACAUUUGCCUGACCCUCAAAGGUCUGUCGACCCACUUAGUCAGGUCGAUACAGGCCUCAGCUGAUCCAGCGCCACUUGCCAGGUGGAUCAAUACAGUAAUAGCUCCUCAUCAUGUCAAUUAGACCUGAGUGAUGGCACUGCCUUGAUCUCUCGAGCACCGCAAUAAAACACGGAUCCUUUAAUGGUAAUAAGUUUAUGGUUGACCUUUGGGCCAACGUCAAAUUAAUAUAAAAAGAUACGCUGUGAUGUGUUGUUACAAUGUUUUGACUUAACCACUAUUUAUACUAUUUCUACGAAGGAAUGUUGAUUAGGAACCAGUAGAGGGUCAGGCCGCGAUCCAAAAACAUGCUGCACAGGCUUCACAAUUCCGAUCAUGUGUUGCUCUUUCCAAAAAGAAAAUGAUUAAUAUGUCUUAAUCACACUCAUUGAUCUGCUUUGAAAUGGCUCUUAUGGAUGAUCCUGAACAGCUUUUCUUUUUUUCCUUCUUUUUUUAACCACAGGUGAUACUACAUGUGUUACUGCUGCCCUUAGCCACGAUACACAAACUCAAAUAAGCAUCUUUGUAGAGGAGAAAUAGAAUAAACCUACGUUGGGCUUACAUUUCUCCAUUUAAUUUAAUGUACGGUUGAGUUUUAUUCGACCGUUAUGGACAAACAUUUGUCAGCAUUUGAACAGACGCCAUUCCAUAAUGAUUUACUACAACCCUGUUGUUGUAGCGGCACUAUUUUACUUCAUGCAUUGUUUUAAAAACAUCGAAAUUAAGCAGGUUUGGCUGAGAAGUUGAUUAAAUGGUGCGGGCAUGUCAUUUUUAUGAAGUAAGAAAUAAAUAUGUUUUACCAAACUCA